AUGGUCAUGGCAAGACCUGCCCAUCUUGCUGACCGGUUUGGCGGCUCUCUUGUCCUGGGCGUCAACACCGGAGGGUCCGAGGGAGAUAAGGCAGGAGGAGAUCUACGAGAGUUUGUUCCGGUACCUCUCGCGACUCGUGCGAGCAUGCAGCUCACGACACACAGCCUGUCGCCGAGCGAGACAUGCAGGGAGAGGAUCAGAGGGCUAGAGGGAGAGCUGAGGAAGCAGCAGCAUGCGGGAGCAGGAGCAAGGCUCGUCAGCAUUGCCUUCAUCCUCCUCAUCGGGCCCAGGGACUCUGCGGCCUCGGUUGACCUGCCAUGGACGUCGGGGGGAGCUGAAGGCAGUUGGCAGGUGGACAGGCUGGUCGAGUAUGUGGUGGGAGGCGACGACGUGCUGGUCGUUCAUGUGGACAGCAAGGCAGACGGGAGUCUGAGGAGGAGGAUGGAGGAGCUCGAGAAGGAGCGCGGCAACGUCUUCCUCCUCCCCCGCUCGUUGAGCGUUACUUGGGGAGGGUUUUCCAUGGUCAAGGCCCAGCUGGAAAUGAUGAAGUUUGUCGUGAGGGAUGAGCGAGUGAGGAGGAGAGGUCGGUGGGACGUGCUGAUCAACCUUAGUGGUCAGGAUAUUCCUCUGAUGCCUAAGGACGUCCUGAAGAAGCAUCUGUCGGGACAAGGCGCGAUGAACUGGAUGCAGUUGGAGCUACACAACUCCUCCUUCAGCAUGGGGGGCUGGGCCGAGUGCGACAAUCGCAUGUGGAGGGUCGUCCAGAGUCGAUCGCCUCCGCGAGGGAUGAUUCUGGCACAGGGCUCCCAGUGGUUCAUCUUGUCCCGCGACUUCGUUUCGUACAUAACAGCAUGCCUGACCCGAACGAGGGAAGUUGCUGGGGAGGAGGAGGAGGAGGAGGAGGAAGAGGAAGUUGAGGGGGUCUGUGAGAGAGGUGGUGCUGUUCUCGACCGCUGGGCAUGCACGAGGGAGUGCGGGGUGACUCGGAGCUACUCGAGAUGGGCCAGACACUCGUUCAUCCCCGACGAGUCCUUCUUCCAGACGGUGCUGGUCAACUCUCCCUUCUGCCAGACUCUCUUCCCCGACAACCUGCGGCACAUCAACUGGGAGGGGUACAGGAGGGGAGCGCACGCAGAGGCCUGGAGGAGGAGGAGGAGGAGCUGUGCCAACGAGGACGUGGUGGUCGGAGGAUGCGGAAACAGUCCCGAUCCCCUGACAGCAGAGGAUGUGGUGGAGCUGCUGCGAGAUAACCUGCAAACGUUUGCCAGGAAAGUUGACGUGAACUACGACGAGCGGGUUUGGCCUCUUGUAGAAUGUUGGUUUGCGCGUCAGUCGGGUGACCCUGCCGACUGUCUGCCGAGCUCUCCUCUGUUAGUUUCUGUUGCACAACCAGGGCCGGCAAGGAUUGUCACUUUGAGCGCUUCGAACUCACUCGCUGCUGGGUCUGCCAUGGAUGGAGACCUCCGGUCUCGCUGGAGCCUCCACGAACCCACCAGGGACUUCCAAGGGGAGGAGCAGAAGACGAUGGAGGCUGUGAGGGAGUGGAUGAGAAACCAAGUGUGUCUGACGGUGGAGCUUGACGCAAGCGUGAGGUUGAAAAGCCUACGGCUGUACUGGGAGAAGUCGCCGAGGGAGUACCGAGUGUACGCGAAGGCUGCGAGCUCGGUUGGUUGUGAGGAGGUCAACGCGGGAGGAUGGGUCAGGCUUGAACUGCUCUCCUCCUCCUCUAGCUGCAAGAAGGGCAUGGCAGAGGAGUUCGUAGAGGAGAGAUGUUAUGCUACUUUGGCUCCUCCAUCCCCCUGCCUUCAGGUCGCCGUCAAAUCCCUCGAGCUUUGCGCUCCCAAGAACAGAAUGCACUUCAAGGAGCAGUAUGCUCUGAGCGAGAUUCAAGUGUGGGCGAUGACAUAG